GCGCUUUGCAAUUCUAAGGGAGAUGGAAUUCUGACCGUGUGCGAGCCUCGAUGUUGUCGUGCGUCUGCUAUUUUUGGCACUGCAGAAACCUGUGAUAAUAGAUUAAUUUAACGACUGACUGAACAAUGGAGAGUGAAAAAAUGGAGAAUAAAGAAAUGGAGAGUAAAGAGGUGGAGAGUAAAGAUGUGGAGAGUAAAGAGGUGGAGAGUAAAGAGGUGGAGAGUAAUGAGGUGGAGAGUAAAGAAGUGGAUAGUAAAGAAGUAGAGAGUAAAGAAGUAGAGAGUAAAGAAGUGGAGAAUCAAGAAAUGGAGAAUAAAGAAAUGGAGAGUGAAACAAAGGAAAGUAAAAUAGAUACCAUGAUACCAAAGUAUGGCUUCAAGGUGAAGCUCAAUCACGAGUUUCCCGAGAAGUGGUCGCAAAAUAUGAGGCCGAGCUUUAUGCAAACCGUCCACAUGCUGCCGCUAUUUUGGAGAUAUCUUUGGUACUAUCAGAGCAUGAAGCGAAAAAAUCGUCCGGUUAUUAUGGACUAUAUGACCGUGCAGCAUGGCCAACAAAUUUACGGCGUACCGAUCGGUGGCAUCGGAGGUGGCAGCAUCGGCCGUGGAUUCAAAGGCGAGUUCUGUCGCUACUCCAUACAGCCCGGAAUUUACAAUUACACGGUCAUGCCGGCCAAUCAGUUUAUCGUAACGAUCAGCGAUGCCUCGGGCAAGGUCGUUUACAAUCAAGUCUUGUCGACUAACAAAAAUCCGCAGAAUUUGAAAUCGUGGAAAUGGGGUUACGACGGCAGCCGGGCCGAAUACACCGGCCUGUUUCCUCGCGCCUGGACUUACUACACAUUCGAGGAUAAAAAGUUGGAAGGAUUAGGCUUGAUCUGCCGUCAAGUGUCGCCGGUAAUGCCGGGCGAGUAUCGCGACAGUUCCCUGCCAUGCGCCGUUUUCGUCUGGGACGUGAUCAACGACACGAACAACGACUACAAGGUGGCCAUUACCUUUACCUUCCAGAGCGGAUGCGGCAGCAAAGACGACUCAAAAGGUGAAAAAUGGACGGAAUUUUUCCAAGCCAAGAACCAAGCCCGAGGAUGCCUAAUACAUCAAGAAAUUCACGAUAUGCCCUGCACAUACGCGAUAAGCUCGCGUGCCAACGGUAGCGACGUUCACCUCGGUAGGCAUCUCAAAUUCGAUCCCAUUUCCAGUGGCUGCAAGAUCUGGGACGACCUGCAGAACGAGGGAAGACUCGAGGACGACAACCACGACGACAACGCCGUCUCGGAAAAAACCAAAAAACCAGUCGCGGUAGCCGUGGGCGCUCAAGUUCUUGCCAAAGCCCACGACGUCGCCCAAUUGGAGUUCUGUCUGGUUUGGGACAUGCCAAAGAUACAAUUUUACAAUAAGCAAGUUACCCACGAAAGAUAUUAUACUCAAUUUUUCAAUUCGAACGAGGAGGGGUCGGAAAAAGCUGCGGUGACGAUCAGCGGCUACGCCUUGAUGAAUUACAAACGCUGGGAAGAGACCAUCAGCAGCUGGCAAAGCGAGGUGCUCGACGAUCCGCAACUGCCCAAAUGGUACAAGAGUGCAUUGUUCAACGAGCUCUACUACGUGGUCGACGGUGGAACUAUCUGGUUGAAACCCGAACCCAAACAAUUCCCCGAGACCGAUCCAAGAUCCAAGUACGGGCGUUUCGCGUAUCUCGAGGGCCACGAGUAUCGCAUGUACAACACUUACGACGUGCACUUUUACGCGGCUUUCGCCUUGGCUCAGCUGUGGCCGGAGCUCGAGGCGAGCAUCCAGUACGAGUUUCGCGACUGCAUUUUCAAAGAGAACAAGGCGACGUUCAAGCAGCUGAUCAACGGCGUCAAGUGCCCCCGGAAGGUGAAGGGUGCGGUGCCCCACGAUAUCGGCGAUCCCGCCGAGGAGCCGUUCGAGUUGAUAAACGCUUACAACGUUCACGACAUUUCCAACUGGAGAGACUUGAACCCCAAAUUUGUCUUGGGUUGCUACAGGCUCUAUCAUUUUAAUAAAAAUUUGGAUCAGCUGCGUGAAUUUUGGGAAGCCAUCGAACAAGUAAUGGAACACUGCAUGACGUUCGACGUGGAAGAAGACGGUCUCAUACAACACGCCGGAUUUCCUGAUCAGACCUACGACUGCUGGCAGAUGACUGGCGUGAGUGCAUACUGCGGCGGUUUAUGGCUGGCUGCGCUUCAAUGCUGUGUAAAAAUGGCCCAACUCCUUGGGGAAGGCACCAAGGAGGCGAGGUACAAGGACAUACUCGAUCGAGCCGCGCCAGCUUUUCAUGCCAAGCUCUGGAACGGUCUGUAUUACAAUUUCGACUGCAGCAAAGGAUCGCAUCGAGAAACCAUAAUGAGCGAUCAGCUGUGCGGCCAUUGGCUUUUGAGAGCUUGCGGCUUCGAAUACGAGGUCUUUCCUAAGCUCAAUGUUCACUGCUCGCUGCUCAAGAUUUACAACUACAACGUCAUGAAGUACAAAAAAGGCACUCGGGGCGCAGUCAACGGCUUCAUGCCGAAUGGCGGAGUCGAUCGUUCUUGCGUUCAAAGCGAGGAAAUGUGGACCGGAGUCGCUUACUCCCUCGCCGCUCUCAUGAUACACGAGAAUAUGGUUAGCGAAGCUUUCAAGGUGGCCGAGGGCGUGUACACGACGGUGUAUGAAAAAAUAGGCCUGGGCUUCGAGACCCCUGAGGCUUUGGCCGAAAAUAAUGUUUACCGUUCAAUUGGUUACAUGCGACCACUUUCGAUCUGGGCAAUGCAGCACGCUUGGAAUAACAGAAAGAAAAUGCUGGAAAAAGAGAUGAAGAAAAAAACACAACAGCCCGAAUAAUUGAAUUGGGAAAACUUUCGCGCUUCGCUCUUUUUAACUUGACUUAUGAAGCAAGAAUACACGCUCACAAAAAUAUCUUCAACUUUUCUAUUGUCAAAGACUAGUCAAAUUUUUUUUUUAUUCUAUUUCUUAAACUCGCAAGUCAAAUCUUUUACGGAUUAAUUUUUAAGAUAUAGCGAAUAUCAUAUCUGCAUGAAAAUAAAAAGAAAAAAUGGGAAAUGCGCGCACAAGCAUGUUUUGCACAUAUUCGCCUUGCUUUACGUGUGCAGUGCGAAAUACGUUCGAAAAGUACAAAUACAGGUAUGUACUUACAAAUAUGAAGUACAAAAUGUAAAACUCGUGCAGCGAGAAAAUUCAAUGAUUUCAUUCGAAAUCGAUUUUAUAGUAUCGAUGCAGCAGCAAAUCCAAAUGUAGGCCACGGUUGAAUUUUGUAUUAUAUGCGUACAUUCCAAAUAUGAUAUGGAUUUCGUACGAAUACAUGCACGUACGGCUUACACAGUUCGAUGUUUCCAUAUUAUAUUAACACGUUAGACGACUGUGUGAACAUGUAUAUUUUUAUUUCUCUCAUUGCAUCCCGAUGUGUUCAAAUUUCGAACUAGUUGUACAUUAUUUUAUUUAAUAAACGCUUUUAUUACAAAUAAAAAA